GGAGCUGCACCACACCAAGAAGACCUCUUCUCAGAAGACCUCACCUCUGUCCAGCCAGCAGCAUCUGCACUCCUUGUGGCCCAAUUUCUUCUCUCCAGCCAGACUUUUGACUUUUGUGCAGCAGCAUGGCUCCUUGGUCUCUCCUCCUGUCCCUGGUUCUCCUGUCUCUCCUCAGCUCUGCCUGGACGAGUCCCAUGUGCAAUAACCAUUGCUGCCGUUUCGUGGAGGGCUUCCCUGUCAGACUCAGGAGGCUCAGAGAGGACUAUUACCACAUCAGAGACUUCUACGAGGCAAACGAUGACCUAGACACGGCGCUGCUGGAUCAGAGCGUGGAGGAGUCUUUCAAAAGCCCGUUUGCGUGCCACGCCAUGGACAGCAUCCUGGACUUCUACCUGAGCACGGUGCUGCCCACAGCCAUGGCCGGAGUGACGGAGGAAACCAAGGACCUGAAGCCUCACGUGGAGUCCAUACAGCAAAUCUUCGACGAGCUCAAGGAAGAUGUCACCAAAUGUAGACACUACUUCUCAUGCAAGAAACAGUUUGACAUCAAAGACUUAAACUCUACUUACACUCAGAUGGAGAACAAAGGUCUAUAUAAGGCCAUGGGCGAGCUGGAGCUGCUGUUUAACUACAUUGAGAAAUACCUGGCCUCGAAACGGCAGCGAAACAAUGAGGUCUCCGCCUGAAGACAAGAUCAAAUGUGACAUUGUUCAGCUCAGGAAAAAAAAAGUUGCCUAUCGACUCUUGAACUCAUUUCCAUCCAUUCCAUGAUUUGUUAGUGGGUAUGCAUGUUGACGGAUAUAGAUUUUCUUCUGUGACUCUGCUGAACUUAAGUCUUUGUUGUUGUGAGACUCCUGUUUACUUUUUUGUCCUGGGGACAAGUACUAGUUUAGGACCAUAUUGUGUCUUUCACACAUGAAGUUGCAGUCUUAUAAAAACUGUCUUAU